GCACCAUAACAAGAUCAAUAGUGUCAUUGUCUAUUCUUUUCCCUUCUCACUAAACACAAGCCUCUACCUGUACAACUAAUUAUUUUGGAUUUGUAGCAAAAAUUUGUCUACACUUCAAUGAAAGAACUCCAUCCUGUCAAUAUGUCUGAUUGACUGUUAUCCAUUAUUCCAUUAUCUAACCAAAUAAAGUAGCGUGCCAAUUGCAAUUUCAGUAUAUUACUAGGUCAGUGCUAAAUAAUAGCAAAAGAUUUUAUAUAGCAUCCAUAUCUUUCUUCCAAACUAGCCAUAAGUUGACAAAGCCUCAUUUUUUAUUUUGAUUUUGCAUGAGAAAUCAUGAUGUUUUAGAAUUUAUUUUCAUCUUUCCAUGCUAUAUUGACUUCUAUAUGUCCCAAACAGGAAAUAUGCAAGACCGGUCGACCAUACAAUUUGAAGCAAAGUCAUCAAAAGAUGGUGCUUGGUAAGCGGAAUAGAGUAUGAUAUAUGGUGGGAUGAGAUUAUUUUCAGUAUUGACACUAGAGAUAGAAUUGAUGGCACACUCACUUGAACAAUUUGAUAUCUAGUAUUUUUUUUUUUUUUUUGCUUUUUAUGAAUGAUUGAUGUAUUGGUAGUGAAUAGAAGAAUGAGGAACAAAAUACAAGAAGAGAGCUAAAUUGGCACCCUAGCUAGAACAUCAUGGUGCAGUACUCGGGAUAAAACAUUGAAUUAAACGUUUUCGAGAGACUGCGGGAGCCAACUUCAACUUGAUAUUCUUGUUAAGAACACCCUAGAAGAGUUGUCUAGCUUGACGGAAGAUGUAGAAUGGUUGAAUCAUAAAUUGCCUACUACAAUCCUUCUCCAAUAGUCAUUUUUUUAUGAAAUUCUUCAAUAGAGUUCUUUAGUAAUUGUGGUAGUCCGUUGGAUGAUGCAUUAGACAAAACAUCUGAAAAAUCCAGAAGUUGCUCUCCUUUCUUAUCGGAAUUUAACUACAAUAAUAUGCUAUUGGGUCUUUAGGCGAAAAAAGUUAGAUAGGGUCAUUUUCUUGUAAUGCCUCUAUCAUCUCUUAUCCAAUAGCAACCAAGGUUUCCUUUUGCAGUGGUAUGUCUUCUCGAGUUCUUUCAUUUUGGAAACCAUUUCUUGUUGGGUCUUCCACUGCUUGAUGAAAGACUUCAAUCAUGUGACUUUUCAACUUUUUCCAUACAAUGUGUUGUAUAGCUCCCUUAUUUGGUCUCUUUUUUCAUUAGCCGAUGUGAUAUGUAGAUUAGGGGGCAUUAGCUUAAGAUUUAGUGAUCAACUCCCUUAUGUGAUUUCUCAACCCUUAGGUAUGAAUUUUGGUUGGUAGCUCAACUUAGUUGGGUUUGCCUAAGAGUAACUGGAUGCUAAGUGCUUGUUUAGAGACAUGGGAUAGGUACCAUGUGGUAUGAGACAUGUCACAAUACUUUUGUGCCGACACAUCAAUGAGGUUGCACCACCUGUGUAACAAGUGGGCCAAUGGAGUGGUAACCCGCGAGAAAAAGGAUAAGAAGUGGUGGUUAACUCUUGCCAAUAAGGAUGUGUGGUUAUUUGUUUGUUUUAGUGGAGGGGAUGUUUUUAGGCUUCAUUUAGAGAUUAUAAGUUGAAUCAAGAAUAUUUUGCACUUUGGGAAUGUUCAAUGCUUGCGUCCAUUGCUUACAUCGUUAGACAAAUGCACAACAAAGUGUUGAGUGUUUUACUAGAUGUCUGGAAUUUAAGUUCAAUGCUUUUCCCCCUGCUCUCCAGGUAUGAUGUUGAAUUGUUCCUUUGCAACAGAAAACUACCAUCAGGAGACCUUGUAAGUUGUGUUAGUAUGACUUAGUUUUUUUCAUGUCAGUUCCCUUUGAUUUUUACUUGUCUCAUCGAUCAUGAUCAUUGAAGAUGGAAAUAAUAGUCAAAAGGGCAAUCGAAACUCAAUAUUAUGAGCUGUGUUUGUUUCAGUUUUUCUAAGAUAAUUAACUUCUUUUAUGUUUCCGUGAAAGUAAGAAAGAGUGGGUUGAUAAGGUUUAUGGAAAACUUAAAUUAAUGAGUAAUGAAAUAUUUUGUAGUAAUAAAAAAGUAAUUGUUGUAAUGACAGAUAGUUUGUUUGAUGAUAAAUAAAUGAGUAGGUUAUGAAAAAAGUGUGAGUAUAUAACUCUUAAGAAUUUAUUUGUAUUUUGAAGCAUUAAGUAAAAAUGUAAAUUUGUUAGUGUGGAGUCUACAAGUACCAUGUCUAGUAGUUCUAGAAAGUUGGAAAAACAUAUGUUUGUUUUAGCUUUUAACUCUAGUUAUUUUGAAGCCGAAAUAAACACAUCCAAUGUCGUUUCAACAAGCAUGGUAGAAGCAUCAACAUAACACUAUUAGCGCUUGGACAGAUAAACUUAUAUACAUUUUAUAACAUGUUGAAGGAAGUUCGUGUCAGAUUUGAAGGAUUUGGGGCAGAGGAGGACGAAUGGGUAAAUGUAAGAGAGGCAGUCAGACAACGGUCUGUUCCCGUGGAUCCUUCAGAAUGUCAUUCAGUGAAUGUUGGGGACGUAGUAUGCUGCUUUCAGGUGAGUGGCGAAGUUGCUUGCCAGUAUCUCCCAAAUCUUGUGUGGUUUUAUAAUAGUAAAAAUGUAAAAUGAAUGCUACUAUGGGUAUGAAGUUCAUUUCAUAGGGGGAAGGUAGAAAUGAAAUUUAUUUAGUGGCAGAUUUCCAGCUAGAGUUAUUUGUAGGGUUCAUUAUAAAUGGUUCUUUUUAAAAAAUUAGAUUAAUACUUUUGUUUCAGUUUUUUUUUUUUUUUUUUUUUUAUAUGGGUGAUAUAGGUUUCAUUUGUUUCGGCUUUUAAGUCUGAGUUCUUCCUCAAGUAACUAGCUAUAACUAACACAACCAUUUGACAAUUUGCCUCUCACUCUGUUACCAGGAGAGGAAAGAUUAUGCGAUGUAUUACGAUGCUCAUGUGAUCGAAAUUCAGAGGAAACUGCAUGAUAUAAGGGGCUGCAGGUGCAUUUUCAAGAUACGGUACAAUCAUGACAACGUGGAGGUCAGAAUCUCGAUCGUUGUUCUUCCCCGGUAGUUACAUUUCAGCGCCCGCCCCGAGGGGGAGCGGGGCUUGUUAAUAUUUGGGUUGUUGCUGACUCUGGAAUUGGUUCUUUUGCUGUUGUUGCCAGGAAAGAGUUCGUCUUAGAAGACUCUGUUAUCGCCCAACACCUUGACGCUAGAAUUAAGAGAAGCUAUGGGGAGCGAAGCCAGACCUCUCUCAAGUGUAUAGUAGUCAUAUAUGCCAUCCAACAGAAUACCUGUGCAAAAUGAAAAGCUUUUGUUUCCUCCUUUUGAUGCUUUCAGUAAAUGGGAAGCUGGCAUUACCUUCCCGCUUGUUGAAAUUUGACUGUAGUCUGCGCAGUAGGGACUUUGUUCAGAGUCUAGAGAACUUCAUGGUUGCGCAUAGCAGAAUGUAGAUGGCCAAAACUAUUGAGGCUUUGGGGGGGGGGGGGGGGGGAGAAACUGUCGCCAGUAGCUUUCUGCCUGGUGUCCCGGUACCAGUUUUAUCAGAUGUCGCCGAAGGGACAGGUCUCCUGGCUGCAUCAAACUGAUGCACAGCUUAUUUUGCUGCUUAGCUAGUGCUUGUUAAUAUUGUACAGGACUGGUCCGCUGUACCCGUUAUACUGGUCAGGUCUUUUACUAGUCUGGAGUUUUUGUAUCGACAAUGUGAUCUCUGGUACUGUUUUACAAAAAAUGGUGCUAAUAUUAGGCCAUCAUUCUUGCUCGCUGAGAGUUUCACUCGUGAUGCAUUGAGGCUAGUGAUGAUAAUUUCGACCCGAUAGGUCCGAUAUGUUUUGGAGUAGGUCCGACCUGUCGGGCAUGGGUCUUCUCAUAGACCCUAUCCGUCCUGACUCGCGCCCAUUCUUGACCUGUUCUAGAUUACAUGUAAUUUUAGUUAAAUUACUUAAUUUUUUCUUUUACUACAUAUUUUAACUAUUAUAAAGUUGUAAUUAGUGAAAAUCUCAAUUUUUUCAAUAGUUUAACUAUAUUUUAUCAUAUUAUGAUUUGUUUCUUGGUCUUAUACUGAAAAUAUUUAAUAUUUUUAAUGUUUUCAAUAUAAAUUACAUACUCAUGGGUUGACAUGCUCCGAUUCGUGUCCCAUGAUAAAUUAUCCGACCUGCCACGGGAUGGAUAUGGGUAUCGAGAUACCCGCCCCGGACCUACCCCAUUGUCAUUCCUAUUCUUGAGACAAUCAAUGUGGCUACAGUCUUGAUACCUAUGGUGAAACCGUAGUUCAACGAUUAAUACGACUAAUUAUCGUCUACCGAUUAGUCUUAAUAUUGGUAUUUUGCGGUUGAACUAUUGCUAGAGUACGUUCUCACAAACCAUGCUACAAAUUUCUAUAAUAAAAAAAAAAAAAAAAACAAAACCAUGCUAUAAAUAUCCUCCAUUCCUCCUUUGAUUUCCCAUCUAGAACUUUCUCUCCCCUCCCCUUUUGUCCAUCUUCCUGCCUUUGGAACUUCUAAAAUCCAAUCUUCACCGAUAACUUCCCGACCCUCGAUGAACGUUCUCUUUCUUGCUGGAAGCGUGGCACCACCGUCAUCUUCGCUCAUACGAUCCCUGAGCAGCGAACUCGCUCACCCCAGAAAUCGGCCGUUUCAGUUACCUCUGCCGAAUGGAUUGAGCUCGAAGUGGAUUCGAAUGACACCAUAAUCGCAGAGGAAUCUAACACAAACAGGAUCGCUGUUUUUUUUAUGAGAAUCAAAAUCUUGCGAGUCUGGAGUUCUUAAUAAGAUGGAUGAGUACGACAGUGGGGAAAGGCCCGAGCCAGAGGACGAGGGAAGCACAGCUCCUUUGCCUGAAAAGGUGGCUGUUGGUGGUUCCCAUAGACGGCUUGGGAAAGGAGGGUUUGGACAAGUCUUCGUCGGUAGGCGAAUUGGUGCUGGCCCAGGUGCAGUAGAGGUGGCGUUGAAGUUUGAGCAUAGAAGCAGCAAAGGAUGCAAUUAUGGUCCACCGUACGAGUGGCAAGUUUACAAUGCACUUGGAGGUAGCCAUGGCGUGCCACGAGUCCAUUUCAAAGGCUGUCAGAGUGACUACUAUGUUAUGGUCAUGGACAUGCUUGGUCCGAGCUUGUGGGAUGUUUGGAAUAAUAAUUCACAAACGAUGUCAAUUGAGAUGGUUGCCUGCAUUGCCAUCGAAGCCAUCUCCAUUCUGGAGAAGGUGCACUCUAGAGGAUAUGUUCAUGGAGAUGUAAAACCUGAGAAUUUUUUGUUGGGGCCUCCAGGAACUCCUGAUGAGAGAAAGUUAUUUCUUGUUGACCUUGGUCUGGCUACGAAAUGGCGUGAUAACUCAACUGGUUUGCAUGUUGAGUAUGAUCAACGGCCUGAUGUUUUCAGGGGAACAAUGAGGUAUGUCAGUGUUCAUGCUCAUUUAGGUAGAACUGGUAGUAGGAGAGAUGACUUGGAAUCUCUGGCCUAUACACUUGUUUUCCUUCUCCGUGGUCGGUUGCCUUGGCAAGGAUAUCAGGGGGAAGAUAAAGGAUUCCUUGUUUGCAAGAAAAAGAUGGCUACUUCCCCGGAAACUUUGUGCUGCUUUUGUCCUCAGCCUUUUCGGCAAUUUGUCGAGUAUGUGGUGAAUUUGAAGUUUGACGAGGAGCCAAAUUAUGCCAAGUAUAUAUCCCUUUUUGAUGGGAUUGUUGGCCCAAAUCCAGAUAUUAGGCCAAUUAACACUGACGGUGCUCAGAAGCUUAUAUAUCAGGUUGGACACAAGAGGGGACGAUUGACAAUGGAGGAAGAUGGACAACCAAAUAAAAAGAUCCGAAUGGGAAUGCCUGCAACACAGUGGAUCAGUGUCUACAAUGCUCGCCGGCCCAUGAAACAAAGGUAUCACUAUAACGUGGCUGAUGCAAGACUCUCCCAGCACGUAGAGAAAGGAACUGAAGAUGGGUUGUUUAUAAGCAGUGUGGCUUCAUGCUCAAAUCUAUGGGCCCUCAUUAUGGAUGCUGGCACUGGGUUCACUGCUCAAGUUUACAAGCUUUCUCCUCAGUUCCUCGACAAGGAAUGGAUUGUGGAACAGUGGGAGAAUAAUUACUACAUCAGUGCAGUUGCAGGAGCUAAUAAUGGCAGCUCGCUGGUUGUGAUGUCCAAGGGUACACAAUUCUCACAACAGUCUUAUAAAGUUAGUGAUUCGUUUCCUUCCAAGUGGAUUAAUAAGAAAUGGCGAGAGGGAUUUUAUGUUACUGCCAUGGCCACUGCUGGAAGUAGAUGGGCUGUUGUUAUGUCUCGUGGUGCAGGGUUUUCGGCUCAGGUCAUUGAAUUGGAUUUUCUUUAUCCUAGUGAGGGUAUUCACCACAGGUGGGAUAGUGGUUACCGUAUAACCUCAACUGCUGCAACUCGGGAUCAAGCUGCCUUUGUUCUUAGUGUCCCACGUAGAAAACCAGCUGAUGAAACUCAAGAGACCCUUAGAACGUCUGCUUUCCCAACUACACAUGUCAAGGAGAAAUGGGCAAAGAACCUCUACAUCGCCUCUAUUUGCUACGGCAGAACUGUCUCUUGAACAGCUGGAAUUUUGUUGAAUCCCAUCAGGUCUCAGAAUUUUUCAUGACUUGGAAUUAUGGUGUUGACAACUUGCAUUUGCAAAAUCAUACUGUUGCCAUUGGUUAGCAUCCAGGAGCUCAGGUGCACGCGACCUAAACUCUCGCGAGCUAGUGAACCUUCUCACAUUCCAUUGGGUUUGAGAUGAAUUGCAUUUCACCUAGAAACUCCAUACAAAGCUGGUGAACAACAGAACAGGCCUUUGUUUCGAGGGUCUGUGCACAGGUCCCUGCUCCAUUGUUGAUGUUCUGCCGUAAAUCGUAAUUGCAGUGUGACUUCUCCAGUGAGCUCUCAGCUUUCAUUCUCAGAGGCUCAUGUCUUAGGCUUCCAUGCUCUUCGCCACAGAAGGCGGAGUUGUUUGUCAGUCCACGUCCCUAUGGUUUUUGGGAUGUCCCGAGUGCGGUCCAAACUAUCGGAACUUGCUCAACUUUGUGUACUCCAUCUCAAAGAGCAGAUGUAAAUUAUGUAUUCACAAAUCACAACUAGUCCCAACAAUCGGAGAAAUGCAGCCAUGCAGGUACUAUAUGCGGUCUGUUCUCUCCUUUUCAGGUCCGGAGUAAAUCACGAGUUGACAAGAGCAAAUCCGAAGCAGGUGUAAUUGUAACGUCGAAUUUUGAACCUGGAGAUGGUGGUUCUAACCUAAGCCUUGUAUGAUUCACCUUCAUCCUCUUCUCUGUCGUCCUGUCGAAGCAUCCAUAGUUGCUAUCAACUGCAACUAUCUAUCGACUUUGGGAAAUCAAACCGUUGUGGGCAAGACACGAUCACAUAGCUGGUCUAGUGACGUUUAAGGUUACUUUAGACCUUUCUUUGACUAUUUUUUGUUUAGAAUUUGCUAGUAUAGUACUACACUACAUUUGUGGGAAGCAUGUUCCAGCCAUGUAUAUUUAAUUGAGGCGUGCAGGAUAUAAUGCAAAGCGUAAUCAUUGUUUCGUUAGAGUCGGUUAGUGACUGGAAACAUCUUUUCUUUAGCCGAUUGACUAUACGUAUUAUAAGUGGAUCAGAUCUUGUGCUACCCUUUACUUUUUAGGAUUCCCCCCCCCCCCCCCCCCCCCCCCCCCCCCUUAAUUCACAAAAAGGACGCAUUUUCCCUCUAAUUCACAAAAAAAGAUGCAAUGUAGAAUGUUUACCGGAUGGCUUGGAUGAUGGUUUUCGAAAAUAGUCAAUAGCUAAUUAAUAUCGAUGAAAGAGAUUUUUUUUUGUCACUAAAUAAGUAGUUCAGUAGAAACUUGAAACACUUAUGAAUAGAAUAUCAUUAAACUCUCCAUCAAAAAGAAUAUCAUUAAACUCAUCAAUAAGAAUUUAGGAUUUUGUUAUGGUGACAUGCAUGUCACCGCGACAUGGACUUUUCGGUCGACCGAAUUGACUUAUUUGGGCAGCACGAGAAAACAUUGCGGUCAACCUAAUUCUAACGGCGGUCGACCUCAAUUCAUAGCAUAAUUGAUGAGUCCUUGUUAUCGUUAUUUUUGACUAGUUAUGAUGGUUUAAAGCGUAAUUUAGACGAGCAAAAGAACCACACAAAUCGAUAUACAUAAGCAAAAAAGACACGGGGCAUAGGUUGACUUUCUUGUAUUCGGUCGACCUCGUACCGGAUUAGGUCGACCUCGACACCAACACUUGAUCUUCAUUUUACGUCAAAUGAUUGGAUAAAUUGAUAGAACACUUCUCGUCUAUCUGGUCGACCUCUUUCUUUAUCUGGUCGACCAUGUUGUUAAUGACUGCCAUCAAGUGGUCGACCUAUAUACCUUUACGGUCGACCAUGUUGUUUCUGACGCCAAUGAAAUGGCCGACCGAGGUUUAUUCUGGUCAACCAAAAAUAACAACUUAAACUAAGA